UUGGUACUAGCUUCGUUUUUGGCGCUCCUUGUGUCGGUCACAACAAACAAGAAACACUACAAAGAGUUGUGCUCAGUUUUAAACCCCUGGUGAUUUUAGAAAGGUUGUACUUCAAAAAUAAGUCAGGUCUUAAGUAUCUUAUUCGUCUAAUGCCUUCAUCUACACCCGCCAUGUCUAUAGACAAGGACUCUAAAAACAAACCCGGAAAUCUGCCUUGGGUAGAGAAGUAUCGUCCUAACAAGCUGGAUGACUUAAUAUCUCACGAUGACAUCAUAAAAACUAUUAACAAAUUUAUUAAGGAAGAUCAACUACCACAUCUUCUAUUUUAUGGACCACCAGGAACAGGAAAAACAUCAACGAUACUUGCAUCUGCCAAACAAUUAUACACACCCACUCAGUUUCCAUCAAUGGUCCUGGAACUGAAUGCCUCUGAUGACAGAGGCAUUGGAAUUGUCCGUGGACAAAUUCUUAGCUUUGCAAGCACCCGUACAAUUUUCAACAAAGGAUUCAAGCUAAUAAUUCUUGAUGAAGCCGAUGCCAUGACUAAUGAUGCACAAAAUGCUUUGAGAAGAAUCAUUGAAAAAUUUACGGACAAUGUUCGCUUUUGCAUCAUUUGCAACUACCUGAGUAAAAUUAUACCUGCUCUUCAGUCAAGGUGUACUCGAUUUCGUUUUGGUCCUCUGGACUCUAACCAAAUCCUACCAAGACUUAUGCAUGUUGUUGAACAAGAAAAUGUUGACAUUACGGAAGAUGGUGCCAAGGCUCUCAUCACAUUGGGGCAAGGGGAUAUGCGAAAAGUAUUGAAUGUCCUGCAGAGUACUCACAUGGCAUAUGCAAAGGUUACUGAAGACAAUGUGUAUACAUGUGUUGGUCAUCCUCUCAAGAGUGAUAUAGUAAAUAUUGUCAAAUGGCUAUUGAAUGAGAACUUUACUUCGACUUACAAAAAAAUUGUUGAGUUAAAGUUGGCCAAGGGCCUUGCAUUACAUGAUAUCUUGACUGAAGUUCACCUGUAUGUUCAUCGUAUUGAGUUUCCACCAGAGAUUCUAGUCCAUUUGCUAAUAAAAAUGUCUGACAUUGAGAGGAGGCUUGUGUCAGGAACAAGUGAAGAUAUUCAAUUAAGUAGUCUUAUUGCAGCCUUUCAACCAGCAAGAGAAAUAAGUACAGAGGAUUAGUGAACUUGAGAGAAAUCAAUUGUGUUUGUUGUGGUACUUUUGGAAAAGAAAUGAUAGUAGUCAAUCUCCAAAAACCAUCUUUGUUUAUUUGAUCACACAAUGUGUAUGUACUUUUCCAUGCUAAUGGAUAUAAUAUGUGAAGAAUUGUCACCACCAAGCUAAGUUGGUAAUUGACAUUUGUGUGCAAAAUAUCUUUUCUAUGUGUUAAAAGUAAAUGAUGUUCAUUUUAGAAGA